AUGUCUCUAAAACCAAGAAGAGUAGAUUUUAACGCCACUUGGGGCGCUAUCAGAGAAACCAUCAAUGGUGUGAUUACUCUAAAUCACGUAGCAAGACCUGUCUGGAAUGAUAGAUUUUCUGAUGUUUAUUCAAUAUGUGUGGCACAUCCAGAGCCUAUGGCUGAUAGGCUGUAUGCAGAAACUAAACAAUAUCUCAUAGAUCAUGUUGCAAAACUUUUGAACAAGGUUCAAGAAGAAGGCGAACAAAACUUAAUUAAAAACUAUUUCCUGUAUUGGUCUCAGUACUCUGUAGGUAGCCAAUAUUUGCACAGUUUAUACCUAUAUCUAAACCAACAACAUAUUAAAACACAAAAGCUAUCAGAUGCUGAAAUCAUUUAUGGAAGUCCAGACUCUACUGGAGGCGAGCAAAUGGAAAUUGGUGAAUUGGCAUUGGAAAUAUGGCAAAGUGGAAUGAUUGCCCCAUUGGGCUUAAGGUUGGUGAAGCUUUUAUUGGAGGCUAUAGAUCAAGAUCGAGCAAAGCAGACAUUGACUGUACCAAUCGAAGCUGUGAAAGGAACAAUUUUGAGUUUUGUUGAGGUUCAAGGUUAUAGAAAAAAAGCCCCACUACAGUUGUAUCAAGAAUUAUUUGAAGAAGAAUUUCUUGAUGCUAGUGGAGAACACUUCAAAAGGGAUGCUGCCAGGCUUUUACAGGAAAAAGAUGUUAGUUUAUAUAUGGAGAAGGUUAAGGAUAAGAUUGAAGAAGAGUUGUUCAGGGCCAGAAGAUUUUUACAUUACAGUUCCUUUGCUAAAGUAUCACAUAGAUGUGAAACUCAUAUGGUGGCUGAACAUCUACAAUUUUUGUACAGCGAGUGUCUAAAUAUGGUACAACAAGAAAGGAAGAAAGAUUUGUCAAACAUGUAUGACUUAUUGAAAAGUGUACAGAAUGCUAUGGUUGUAUUGGUAGAAACUGUAUUAGAUCACAUAAAAACUCAAGGAUUAGCGGCUGUUGGUAACCUCCAAGGAGAUAACAUCCAUAUAUCUUUUGUCGAAAACCUACUGACUGUAUAUAAAAAGUACAAAGAGCUAAUACAGGAUGUGUUUAAGUCAGAUCAGAACUUCAUGGGUGCUUUAGACAAAGCUUGUAAUGCUGUGAUAAAUCACAGGCCUAAUCAGGGAAGGUCACCUUGCAGAAGCCCCGAGCUUCUAGCUAAAUAUUGUGAUACUUUGUUGAAGAAAUCGAGCAAAGGGAUUGGGGAAGCUGAGGUAGACGAAAAGUUGGCAGAAAGCAUUAUAAUAUUUAAAUACAUAGAUGAUAAGGAUGUUUUUCAGAAAUUCUAUUCACGAAUGCUGGCUAAAAGACUGAUACACCAACAAACACAAAGCAUGGACGCUGAAGAGUCUAUGAUCAAUAGGCUGAAACAGGCAUGCGGCUAUGAAUUUACUAGCAAGCUUCACCGAAUGUUCACUGAUAUGUCCGUCAGUUCUGACCUUAAUAAUAAAUUCAACUCGAUUUUAAAGGAAGAUAAUAUCGAUUUAGGUAUCAACUUUAGUAUCUAUGUAUUGCAAGCAGGAGCCUGGCCGUUAGGUCAAGCCAUCGUUACUCCUUUCGCUUUACCUCAACAACUAGAAAAAAGCGUUCAAAAGUUCGAAUCUUUCUAUCACAAUAAAUUUAACGGCAGAAAACUGACCUGGCUCCAUCAUCUCUGCCAAGCAGAACUGAAAUUGAACCAUCUCAAGAAAUCAUACAUGGUCACUGUUCAAACCUUCCAGAUGGCCAUGCUGCUUCUGUUUGAAAACACUAACGCUUUAACAUGUAAGGAUAUUCGGGAGACCCUUCAGUUGAAUAACGAGCAGUUCAAUAGACAUGUAGUAAGUCUCAUAGACUCGAAAUUGCUGUUAGCAGAUUCAGAGGAAUUGACACCUGAAGUGACACUUUCAUUAAAUAUGGAUUAUUCGAAUAAAAGAACUAAAUUUAGGAUAACAGCUGCCGUACAGAAGGAAACACCUCAUGAAGUAGAACAGACAAUGAAUUCUAUAGAGGAAGACAGAAAAAUGUACCUGCAGGCUGCCAUCGUUAGAAUAAUGAAAUCACGGAAGGUGCUUAAACACAAUCUUCUCAUCCAAGAGGUUUAUGCUCAAUCAAAAGUAUCCUUCGCCCCUAGUGUACAGUUAAUAAAGAAAUGUAUAGAAUCGCUGAUAGACAAACAAUAUAUCGAAAGGACGCCCCAAUCGAGCGAGGAAUACAGUUAUGUAGCAUAAAUAAAUAUAAAAAAAGCAAAAAUUUAUUUUUAUUGUAGUAUAUAGACUGAUGGACGCUACGAGCUGUUACCAAAGACAGAUUUUUCUUUGAUUUGUAUUGUGUAUGAAAUUUUACGAAAAUUAUGUUUACAACUUUUGUUUAAUUAUGACGAUUCUAAUCAAUUUAAUUUUGAAUUUUUUUAUUCAUAAUAACUAGAGAACUAAUGUCCCUUUUUUUGUUUUUUCUUUUUCUGUACUUUAUAAUUUCCUUUGUUUUUUCUUUUACACCUAUUUUUAUGUUGUUGAGGUUUUCUUUGUUUAUCGUUCUGUUGGCAUUUUUUUUUUUUGUCAAUUUUAUACCGUUCUUCUUUAUAUUCUUACUAUUCACCAUUAUGUCAAUAAUUUAAAUUUGUCUCCACCUCAUAACUGAGAAGUACAGAUCGACAGGAAAAAUGAUCGACUACUGAAUUAGUCCGCAACAAAAAAUCCAGAGGUCACUGGUUCAUAUCCGGCUUGAAGGACCACUUGUAGUGCGAACGAUUCCGCAAAUUAACAUUAAUAGACCACAUAAAAAAUUCUAAAUCCUUGUUACUGCAAAAAUAUACCCGACACUCAAUAAUGAACUGCUUAAAAGGUCAUUAUAAGCGGAACUUUUCGAUUAUGUACAUUCUCUUUACUUCUUUAGCGUAUCGUUGACAUUUUCUCGCUUUUUAAAUAUUUACUCUUGAUUUUCUUGUCAAGGUUUUUCAUUUUUUAUAUAAAUCUUUUUAUCUUAUCGUAUAUACCCUCACACAUUUUUACCAAUAACUUACUAUCAUACAAUAUAAAACGGUUAAUGUAUUCUGUUAAAAAAUCUUCGUCUUUCGUAAUUGCGCAAUGUGUUCCAUCAAUGUUCAGACUAUGUACAGUACAUAAAAAUUUCUAUCUGGAAUUUCGACGUCUAUUUCGCGAAAACUUGGCAACGCUGUAGCCCCGUAUUUAGCAAUUAUCAUUAUUUUUGUUGUUUUUAAUUAGAUGCGAUUAAAACGGUUAAAAAUGAACAUCUUCUAUAUGCUGUAACCAACAAACUUUCUUCAUCAGUCUCUGCUGAAUAUAGAGCUCCCCAAAUGCCUUUCUUUUGAAAUACUUCUGUGAGUCGCAUAUGUUCUAUAUUAUCUGAAACUUUUAUUCUGCUUUUUAUUUUAUUUUGCUAUAUUAGCGGAAAUAGGUGACCCUGUCUCGCAGAUCUUCAUAAGCUAAUCAAUUAUCAUCUACAAAGAUUUAUUAAAGUCAUUUGUGUUGUUGUUAGCAAACAUCUUAUUUUCUCAAUGAAAAGGAUUUGAGCAAUUGUUUAUUUUAGCACACUAACUACCAUUGUUUCAUUUCUCAAGUAACUGUCAUCAUUCAAGGAAAAAGUACAAUUAGAGGGUACUUUAAAGCAAUUAAGAAAUUCCGGCGUUGCCAAAAUGUAUAUAAAAUAACUAGAUCUCAAUAAAUCGAGUAUAAUCCAGAUAGAAACAUUUAAGUAUUGUGAAUGACACAUUUUAGUUUUAAAUGAAAUUGUCACGAAUUUUUUUUGUCAACUAUUUAUUACAUUCUCUUUAAUUUAUACCGAAAUAUUAUGUAAAAUACAGACUUAAGUUUACCGUAAGAUUCUUUUGUUAGACUAACCAAUGUGAUACGAAGUUAUUUCUUAUUUGUUGUGUGUAAUAAAAUAUUUUUUAUUUUAAUAUCGAUCGAGGAAAUUCGCAUCAAAUGUUGUUUUUAUUUCAAAUGAAACCUGAAUCUAAUAAAAGACACCUGAAUAUUCUUUCCCUUAGGAGUAACCGGAGUUGCCUCGUUUUUGCAUCAAUCGAUAAAACUUCUUUGAAUUAACCUACAUUUGAUGUAGGUUAGUUCAAUCCCGAAUCCCAAUUCAAUUCAGAUCCUUU